AUGGCAUCCUUCCAAAUCCUCUCCGAUCUCCAUCUCGAGUCUCCUUCGGCUUACGACAUCUUUGACGUUCCUCCCAAAGCACCCCAUCUCGCGCUCCUGGGAGACAUCGGUAAUGUGCGCGACAAGGGCUUCUUCCCGUUCAUCGAAGCACAGCUACGUAAUUUCCGCACCGUCUUUUUCUUGAUGGGCAACCAUGAACCAUACCACUGCAGCUGGGACGAAGCCAGGCGCAAAAUCAACGCGUUUGAACGCGAAACUCGCGAAAAGGCAAAUCUAGAUCCAACUUCGGGCCUAGGAACAUUCGUCUUUCUAGACCGCACGCGCUACGAUAUGCCCAAUACUAUCACGGUUCUUGGAUGCACUCUCUACUCGCACAUUCCCCCCGAGCACGAAGAGAGAGUGAGCUUCGGCCUCAACGACUUUUACAUGAUCGACGACUGGACCGUCAAAGGUCACAAUGCCACUCAUGCCGCGGACCUGGCGUGGCUGAAUGAGCAGGUUGCUGCUAUAUCUGCGUCUGAGCCGCAGAGGAAGAUUGUCAUAUUUACAUAUCAUAGUCCGAUUAUGCGGGAUGAGAGGGCUGUCGAUCCAGCGCAUAUCGGAAGUGCGAUUAGUUCCGGGUUUGCGACAGAUUUGAGUAGUGAGGAGUGUUGGAAAAACCUGAGCGUGCGACUAUGGGCGUUGGGGCACACGCAUUUCAAUUUUGAUUUCGUGGUAGGAGGAGGCUUAGGCCAAGGGAAGCGAGUGGUGAGCAACCAGCGGGGAUACUACUUUCAGCAAGCUGGAGGGUUCGAUGUUGACAAGGUUGUGAGUGUUUAA